ACUGAGUGAGCGUUCAUAAACAUUUUGUAAUUAUCAGAGCAGUUUGUCAAAUGAGUUCUUUACUUAAUUACAGACUUUCGUUUCUCAUUUUAAUUGUGGUUAGGAAGACUGUGCUGUGAUUGUGUUUCUGAAAAAUGGAUUUGUGUCAGUCACUAAAAGCACUAAAUAGAAAAUGUGUAAUAAUAAAAGUAGAACACCUCAAAGUCUGGACUGAAGAAGAGAAAUCUUGGUGGAGGCGAAAACCCACGAAACCAGAAGUGAUAAUUUUGAAUGACGUUUCUGCAUCUCUCAAAACCGGUGACUUUGUGGCUGUUAUUGGUCCAAGUGGCGCAGGAAAAACGACUUUUCUAGUGUCCUUGGCAGGGAAAUGCACUCUCCCGAGCAGUGGCACUGUUACGGUGAACGGUACAGAUGCCAGGAGAGUGCAGCGAGGUGUGAUAGAGAUAGUGCCGCAGUUCGACGUGUUCUUGGACAGCAUAAGUGUCAGAGAACAUUUGGUAUUUAUGACAGAAAUGAAACUGGGCAGUAUAAAGAAGUCUCCACACCGGCAAACUUUGAAGAACUUAUUAACGGAACUCAAGCUAAAAAUGCUUCAACACUCUCCGAUAAGUUCCUUAUCCGGCGGUGAACGUAGGUUGCUGUCGCUAGCGGCUUCGUUGCUGUCCAGCCCCCAGAUCUUGAUCUGCGACGAGCCCACCACAGGCCUGGACAGCUACAACGCGGCUCUCAUAGUUGGUGUAUUGAAGCAACUGGCGGCGAGCGGCAAGACCGUCAUCUGCUCCGUGCACCAACCCUCGUCAGAUCUGUUCAGGGAGUUCAACUCCAUCGCACUCAUGUCGGAGGGAAGAAUGGUGUUCCAUGGUUCGCAAGAAGACUGCAAGAAUUUGUUUAACAGAUUCGACUUACGAUGCCCCAAAAACUAUAACCCGGCCGAGUUCUACAUCAAAGCGGUCUCGCAGUCAAGGGACGAUUACGAGAAAGUUUUGGAGAAUUAUUGCGACCAGUUCGACGAAGACGAGAGUUCAUCGCCUGCGUGCGCGCAGAUGUAUUCACAAACGCACCAAAGAUUUUGGUUUCGACAAGUCCAGCUGUUAUUAUGGCGAUCCACACUUACAUUUAAAAGGGAUAUCAAGAAUUAUGUCUUUCAGUUAUUUCUAUGCACCAUUAUAUCGUCAGUCAUAAUAGCGACAUGCUACGUCGGUAUAUCGGGGACCACCCAGCGAGGUAUCCAGGAUCUGCGAGGCUUUCUGUGGCUGAUCUGUUCAGAAGUAUCGUUCAGUGUGUCGUACUGCGCCCUGUACGCGUUUGACAGCGACUUGGUGCUGUUCCGGAGAGAAGUAGGCGUGUAUAGAGCCUCCGCCUUCUACGUCAGCAGGUUUUUAAGUUUAAUGCCGCGCUGCGUGGUAUGGUCGGUGACGUACGUCGCGAUAGCAACCCUCAUGGUGGAGUUGCCGGACCAUUUGCUCACGUCGUUGAAGAUUGCAGCUGCGCUCGUCGCCACAGCCGUUGCAUCCACCGCAUACGGACUGGGUAUGGGAGCCAUCUUUAUUUCCACUGGUAUUAUGGGCGACGUGAUGCCCUGCGCUGAUCUGCCACUAUUCCUGAUGUCUGGAGCCUUCCUCAGGAUAUCCUCGCUGCCCUUCUGGCUGUACCCCGUCAAAUACUUCUCGCACUUCUACUACGGCAUGGACGCUAUCAGCAACAUAUAUUGGAGACAAAUUGAUUAUAUAGGUAGACUGCCCCUACAACACAACAUCCAACUGCCUGCGGAAUGGUGCUGAAGUUCUUGCAGAAAAUGGAUAUUCAAAUGAUUUUGUACUACAAGACGGUGUAGGAAUUUUGUGUGUUACUUUUGUAUGGUGCGUGUUAGGCUACUGUGGUUUGAAACGAGAGGAAAAUAAAGGUUACACUUAUUAAGA